GAUAUUUGAUUCGAUUGAUCCUAACUAAAUACACCAGCGAUGCAUUUCCACUUAGCCUUAUUUUACGUAUGCGCAUGUUUUGUGGCAAUAAAUGCGGAUAUAAAGUUAUAUUUUUCAAGUUUGGAUAAGGUGACAUUUUCGGAAGCAGUUAAAUUAUGCAAGGAGGUAAAUCGAGAAGUAAUAAGAGUGGAAAAUUCAGAUGUAAACGAUGAUGUUAUAGGCACAUUAAUUACCAUUUCGCCCGGCCCGCAAUACUGGGUAGGAGCGACGAAAAACUCGACUUCAGGCGACUGGGAAUGGUACGAAACCGGUGAAAAACUCACAUAUUUCGCCUGGGGAAACAACGAACCCGUGAAAAAAGACAACGCCGAUUGCAUUAAAAUCGACAUGAAAGCUUACACCAACGGCCGCACUUGGGGCGCUGUCGAUUGCAACGAAAAGAGAUACGCCUUGUGUCAAAUGAAUUGAUUUCAUUGUUAAUCUACUUGCAAUAAAAAAUGAAUUGAUCAACUCUCUAAAGUAUAAUAACUAAUACAAAAUCCCACUUACCCCAAAAAGAUUAUGUACAAUUCCAUUAGAGUCCUAGUGGUAUAAAUAAUAAGUACAAUACUACUACAUUUUAACUAUCUUUUAUUCUUUUUCAUCUACUAUUUCUAAACUAAUAAUAACAAUAUCCAGUACAAUAUAUCUUGCUUUAAAAUUAGCAUCGAUUAGUAAAUACACACACACACACACACACUUGUAACAUAGUUAAAAAGUUGGACAUGUUUAAUAUAUUUCUAAUUGAACAAUAAACUAACUUACAAACUAAUCAUUGAGCAAUGAAAUUAAGUCUAUAUAAUAUUAAACUUUGGCUGAUUGGAUAAAAAUAACCUAUUCUAAUAACACCGUAAAAUAUGUACAUAAGUUCGGUUAAAUUUUACCACAGAUAGGUCCAUCACAUAGAAAGAGAUUCGCAAUAAAGGAUAUCAGAGAUAAAAACAACUACAAAUCAGUAAGUUAUCGAAAUUAUCCGUCAGUUAAAUUGAUAUGUUAAAAUUCAACUCUACUUCCAUUCCAAAACGAAGGGUCGACGUAAUUGAACGCUCAUAUUGUUAAUAGUUAAACUCUAAAAAAAAGUACAAAAUUACUAAUUAUGAAAAAUCCAUUUAUUACGCAAUUACCUUCUUGCUUUUAACGAACUCGAAAUCUUUAAGGCUGAGCCCGUUGAUUUGUACGUUCAUCGGUGCCUUCGCAACCCCCAAAAUCGUCACUGUAGACAAAUCAGGCGGGAUUUCAGUACCGAUAAAUUCACCCUUAGAACGCAAAGUGUUCCCGUUCAAUUCGAAAGUUAUCAAGGAAUAUUGUUGCUCUUCAAAGGAAUCUGUAAUAGUAAAAAAAAUGUUUUUUUAUCAAAUUUUGUGUUCAUAUUUAGCGUUUUAUUAUGUAAAACUUACUGAGAGAAUCUCCAUCGUCCCAAUAGAGUUGACCUAUUGCGUAAUUACUAUCAUCGGAAGCCACUAAUAAUUCAACAAAGGAUAAUCUGGAUGUACGAGUGGUGUUUCCAGGAGAUUGCAUCGGUAAAACGUGGCCGCCUUUAAUUAGCAGAGGAAUCGUAUCCAAUGGGGCAUCUAGAGUGUAAUUUUGACCGUUACUGUAGAAUCCUUGGAAAGUGUAAUAAUUGUACCAAGUCCCCUGGGGUACAUAUGUCGUGACCGAAGUAUCGUUUUC